CUCUUCUCCAAAUUCACCCCCCCUUUCUCUCUCUUGUUUUCCCCCGGCAAUCUCGCCGGCCGCCGCCCCCCUCCGGCUUGGGUAUCACCCCCCCUAUAUUCUCUCUUCCCAAAUAUUUCUUCAAGAGCAUACUCGAUUUAAAAGUUGAAACAGAUUAUGGACAGUGGUAAGGUUUUCCUCGAUGGAAUCAAGGGGGGAACAGAUGGUUCAAAAGAGAGUGGACUUAAAAACGUGAGUUCCCACUGCUCAAUAUCCGAGAUGGACGACUUCGAUCUCGUUAUGCUUUUUAUUAAGCCAAGAUUAAACAUAGAGAGGCAGAGAUCAUUCGACGAGAGAUCACUCAGCGAGUUAUCAAUUGGUAUAUCAAGAGGUUUAGAUAAUUACGAAAGUGCCUACUCGCCCGGACGCUCGGGAUUGGACACACCCGCCUCGUCAGCUCGUAAUUCCUUCGAGCCUCAUCCAAUGGUUGCGGAUGCUUGGGAAGCCCUUCGGAGAUCUUUGGUGUACUUUCGAGGCCAACCAGUUGGUACAAUCGCUGCUUAUGAUCAUGCUUCGGAGGAGGUCUUAAAUUACGAUCAGGUUUUUGUUCGAGAUUUUGUACCGAGUGCGCUGGCAUUUUUAAUGAACGGUGAACCGGAUAUAGUUAAGCAUUUCCUAUUGAAAACGCUUCAGCUACAAGGGUGGGAGAAGAGAAUAGAUAGAUUCAAGCUCGGUGAGGGUGCUAUGCCAGCUAGUUUCAAAGUACUUCACGAUCCAGUUCGAAAGACGGAUUCCGUGAUAGCCGAUUUUGGAGAGAGUGCAAUUGGGAGAGUGGCCCCGGUAGAUUCCGGAUUCUGGUGGAUAAUUCUUCUCCGUGCGUAUACAAAGUCAACGGGAGACCAUUCUUUGGCUGAAACGCCUGAGUGCCAAAAGGGAAUGAGACUUAUUCUGGCCUUGUGUCUUUCUGAGGGUUUCGACACAUUUCCGACUUUGCUGUGUGCUGAUGGCUGCUCGAUGAUUGAUCGUAGAAUGGGAAUAUACGGCUACCCGAUCGAGAUUCAAGCACUCUUCUUUAUGGCAUUGAGGUGUGCCUUGGUACUGUUGAAGCACGACGCAGAAGGCAAAGAGUUCAUCGAGAGAAUAGUGAAGCGUUUGCAUGCCUUGAGCUACCACAUGAGGAGUUACUUCUGGCUCGAUUUUCAACAACUAAACGACAUAUACCAAUACAAAACUGAAGAAUAUUCCCACACAGCUGUCAACAAAUUCAACGUGAUCCCCGAUUCGAUCCCUGAUUGGGUGUUCGAUUUCAUGCCGACACACGGCGGCUACUUCAUCGGAAAUGUCAGCCCUGCAAGAAUGGAUUUUCGGUGGUUUGCUUUGGGCAAUUGCGUUGCCAUAUUGUCUUCUUUGGCCACUCCCGAGCAAGCUUCUGCGAUUAUGGACUUGUUCGAAGAAAGGUGGGAGGAGCUUGUCGGAGAAAUGCCGCUCAAAAUAAGUUAUCCAGCUAUCGAAAGUCACGAGUGGCGCAUUGUUACUGGAUGUGACCCGAAGAAUACGAGAUGGAGCUAUCAUAACGGGGGAUCUUGGCCAGUUCUUUUGUGGCUGCUAACAGCUGCAUGCAUAAAAACGGGGCGCCCUCAAAUAGCGAGACGAGCGAUCGAUCUUGCAGAAAGCCGUUUGCUCAAGGACGGUUGGCCCGAAUACUACGACGGAAAAUCGGGCAGAUACAUAGGUAAACAAGCUAGGAAAUAUCAGACAUGGUCAAUUGCUGGAUAUCUCGUCGCAAAGAUGCUGUUGGAAGAUCCUUCGCAUUUAGGAAUGAUCUCUCUCGAAGAGGACAAGCAAAUGAAGCCCGUUAUUAAGAGAUCCUCUUCUUGGACUUGCUAAAGUCUGUUUCUUGAAAACAGGGCCCGUUUAAAUACGAGGAAAGUCCAAGAAAGGUGAGUGAAAGAGAGCCCUUUUUUCUUCUUCUCGUUUUGAUUAAAAACGAAGCUAUUCUUUGGCGAUUUCGAUGAAGAAAAAGUUUGGGUUUUUUGUACAUUGGUGUUGUGUUGCUCAUUUAAAAAUAAGAAAUGACAUUCGAUUCGAUCAAUUUGCCGCUUUCAUUCUUCGAAGUGAUUUGUAAUUUGUAAUUUGGAACCAUUUCUUUUUUCUUUCGGUUUUUCGGUAUUUGAUGUACUUUUUUCAGUCAACUUCUUGAUUAAUUUGCCCAUCUCCUCUGA